AUGUUUAAGUGUAGAGCGUGCUCAGGAACUCCAUUUGCAGCCUUUUUUGGUUUUAGUGACGCCGUAGACAAUGAAAAGGAAGAUGAGAAUAAAGAUACCUCGGAUACAGAUGACGGAGGUUCAGCAGUUAAAGAAGGAGAAGAAUUGUCAAAUGUAGAACCGGAAGAAAUGAACGAACCCCGUAAUUCUGAGGAGGUGGGAUACCUAGUAAAGACAUGGGAUACAUACGUACACGAGAGAGCAAAAUCACUCUGGAGCAAUAGUAAGAAUAGAAGAGAUGUGUUAAAAAGCAUUGCUCGAGGAUGUAGAAGGGAGGACGACCCAGUAUUGGGAAACGACCAUUACUGUGUUAAGUGGAUAGGAAAAUAUGAAGACGGAUAUCCAGUAAUACUAAUGUCGAGACCAGGAGAUGAAGAAGAAACUACCACAUUCGUGAACAGAGUGUUGGUGUUCCUUUUCGCAGACCAAGAAUCUUACGAGAAGAUAGACGCUAGUAAUCGUACAGCGUUCCCAAUGUUCUGUGGUGAUAAGUCGUGCAUCAACCUAACUCACAUCCUGUUAGACUAG